GUGUCCUCUGUAAUCAGAAAAGCAAUUCUGUUUCAUUUAAGAGUCAGGUAAAAGUAGAAAAAAACCUUACUAUUUGACAACUUUUUUUAUUGUUUUCACCAUGUGACCUCAUUUUUAGAAAAACUACAUUAAGUUUUAUGUGGACACUUAUACUUCAUCUUCUUUAGCAUGCAGAAUAAUUUAAGAAGAAAUUCUUGUUUGACAUGUGUAGAUGCAUAAAAAAGAAGGAAAGCAGACCAGGAAGAAACAAUCAGAAAUGAAAACAAACAAACUGCAGUGGAAAGUAUCUUGGAUGUCUGGCAGUAAUGGUUUCAUGCAUACCUGAAGACAAAAGCCUGUUAACCCUGUUUCAGCUGUGAGUGGGGAAGUCAGUGAGGGUUAUUGCUGACUGGAAGUCAGUAUCUGCUAAGAUACUUACAAAAUGAAGACAACACAGCAGAGAAGAGCAUUAUGAAGGGACGACAAGAAAUGUUGGCAAACAAUAAUCGACACCACCUGUAUGUUAUACAUCCUGUGACCCAGAAAAACAAAAAAGUACACAAAAAAGGUUCAACCACCUUCUUGGUUGGGAAGACACCUGAAGGAAUCCGCAGGAGACAGUUUGAGGAAAUGGUGUCCCACUUUAAUAUGGGAUCAGCAGAAGAACUUGCAGAACAUAUUGUAAAAGCUACAUCAGAAACAAGGCAGAUGAUGUUGAGGGAAUUCUAUAUUUCGAAGUAUCCAGAGAUGGAGUCUUUCUUCCAAACUGAAAUAUUAGCACAGUCUUCACGUGACUGUGAAGAAAGAGAAUUGGGUACAACACACUCCAAAAAAAAAUCCAUUGUUAAUUUUGGAAGAUCUAAACCUACACCUUCAUCAGCUAAAGGACUACCUCGGAGCAGAACUACAGAAACACAGAGCCAGCAGAGCCAUAAAGUAAAAGUAGAGCAGCUUCACAAUGACUUGUACUUGCAAGAUGUGUGUGUUGAUGCAAAAUAUAAACAAUCGCCCACUGUUGCUACUCAACAUAUCGAAAGGAGAAACAGUCAAGCAUUCAAGGAUUUUAUGGCAUCUGGCUCAUUAAGCAAUAAAUCAGAAAUAAUUGAGGUGCUGCCUAUAAAAAGUUGUGAAGGACAGCAGGACUCAGAAGGAACACAGCUGCCAAGAAAAAGAUGCCUGUCUCAGUCAGCAAAUGGGGAUAGAAAAGCUCAUACUUGUAAGAAAAAGUCUUUUGUGGACUUACUUGGAGAUACUUCUAUUCUCAAUGACCUCUUCAGAAAUGAUGGAAGUGGGCCUAGAGACUCACUAAGGAGAUUCCCUUCAGGGCAAGUAGAAAAAUCAAAGGAGAGACCAAAAGAUUUCUGGGACAUGCUGAAUGAUCAGAAUGAGGAGAACCUCAGAAAGCUCACAGACAUAGCAGUUGUAGAGAAGCUAUGUGAAAAAGCAGCUCCUCCCCCAGUGACAGAAGAGAGAGAAGUGCAUGAAAGUUCUCUUUGGAAAAAAAAUGAAAAUUUUCUAUGGAAAAAAUACAGUCCAGAUGAUUCAGAUGAGCCAUCUACUGCUACAUUUUGUAGUGCAGUAAAAUGAGAGUUUUCUAUGUGACUUGCACUAUAAUUAUUUUAUUUGAACAUUAAAAUAUCCACAGCUUCAGCAGUAUUCAGCAAAAUAUAACUUCAUGAGAUUAAAGGCAAAGUGAUGAAGUCAUGAUAUGGAUAUGCAUUUUACAGAUAUGUAUAUAUAUGUUAUUACCUAUGUAUUGUACAUAUAUGCAUAGUAGUACAUAAAUACUAUAUAUUGUAAGUUAUGAUAUAUUAAUUUUAAAUUAAACUUUUUUAAGUGUU